AUGGAGAGACGUCUUGCAUUGAAAAUAAACCGAGUGUUUGAAGAAGUUAUUCGAAAUAAAUCUUAUUUCGACCUGAAUCUUCUAUUAUUCGAUGGAGCUAAAAUCGAGCCAUUAAAUGACUAUAAUGAAACUCCUAUUCAUUUAGCUUUCAAAAACAACUAUUUGGACGCUAUAAAUUUACUCUUUUCGAAUUGUAAAAAAAAUAUUAACUAUACCGAUAAAGACGGCCUAUCACAUUGUCAUGUUGCCUGCGGUACGGGUAAUUUAAAAGUCGUUGAAGAUUUUAUAAAAAAUGGCGUUGAUUUAAACAUUCGGGUUUAUUCGAGCACAUGCGAUGUUCACAAUAACUUCACUCCGCUACAUUUUGCUAUUAAAUAUUCAAAAUUAGAAAUCAUUAAGUUACUGUUAAAAAAUGGAGCUGAUGUUAAUGCUGCAGAUUCGUUGGGUAGGACGCCGUUACACUUUAUUUGUAAUAUUUCUGAAGAAACCAACGAUCUCGUUUCAUCGUUUAAUAAUUUUCACAAGUAUCAUCGGUUGAAUUAUAAUUCCACGAAAGCCAUUUCCCAUAAGAAUAUUAAGCUAAAGAUUCUCAAACACUUAAUGGAAUACAAUGCUAACGUGAAUGCUAGAGAUAACGACGGCAAUACGCCGAUGAUGUAUAUUUUUAAAGACUACAGAAAUUAUGAAUACAAUAGUGAAAAAAAACGCCUUAUAAUACAGCUACUUGCAAAGAAACAAAAGCAAAUAUUCAAAUAUCUUUUGUACCAUAAGGCAGACCCUGGCAUACAAAAUCUCUACGACGACAGUAUUUUACAUUAUACAAUUAGAAGUUUACAAUUAUCCCGGCGAUGUCAGAAAUAUAUGCUGCCAUAUUUCGACGACAGAGAAAUUAGUGAAAUCGUGAAAUUAAGUUUAAAACACGGAGCCAAUGUUAAUGCAAUCAAUAAAUUAAAUGAAACCCCACUGGAUAUUGCUGUCCGCUUAUUGAGCGCCGAGGUCGUCAAAAUACUUUUAAAACACAAUGCAGACAUCACCAGCAUAAAACUGAUUCAUAAUGAUGAAAAUUAUUUUUAUUAUCCAAAUAUAUUGCCUUGCUUCGAAGCUACGGACAAUUUAUUGUCUAUCAUUAAUGCUCUAUUGAGCAAGGGUUUGCAUUUCAGUCGAGCAGACAAAAUGACAUUAUUAAGGUUUGUCGUUUGCAAUAAUGUUAAUUGCCGUUACGGCGAUAUAAACGUCAGAAACGCUCCCUGCAUAUUGGAAAAUCUUCUUGAACUCGGCACUAAUGAUAAUAUUCUAAAUACAUUUAAUAAACUGUCACUCACAGAAUCGUUCGCCGAAAUAUUCGACUUUCAGAUCUUUAAAUAUAUUACCAAAAUCAAAAGUAGUAAUAUAUACAUAAACAAAGAUAUCGAGAGUAGCCUUAGGGGUCAAAAAAUACAUAGAUGGCUCGACUUAUAUAAUGAGAAAUUCAAUAAUUAUAUAAAUGAAGCGAACAGAAUGAAAAUAGUUAUGUUUAAUAAUAAUAAAUCUAUCUCAGAUAUUUUAUGCAGUCAACCGGAAAAAUAUAAUUUGAAAAAUAGUAAUUACAAAGAAAUCUUAUUGUCCAGAAAUUUUCAUAAAAAUUUUUAUCACUACAGAGGUAUUAUAAAAGGAUAUUUUACAAAGAUCAUAAUUCGUAGAUUAGUUUUGAAAUUAACCAAUGAUUCCCUUAGAAUGUUAUACAGAACAACACUACCUGAUCUAUGCCAUGAAAAAAUUUCUAAUUUCUUAAGUAACGAAGAUUUAUGGAAUGUAUGCUUAUCCACGGCUAUUUAAAUGUUAAAAGACGAUGAAAAAUUGGCUUUUCCCAUACAUGAUAUGUUGCCCGC